AGCUAUAAAUUGCGGGCAGACGACAGCUGGUUUGAGAGAGUUGUAAAAACUCCCCAGCAAUAGGGAGUCGGUUAGUCUACACACAGAUAAACCUAAAUAUCUUAAAAUAGGAAACACUUAAAUAAAAACCUAGAAGACUGGAAUACCUUUUCAAACAAAUUGUGUACCAAUACAUAAUAUAUGAAGAAAUUGUUUGCCUAGCUAAUCUUACAUAAUCCACUUUUUUGCACUAGCUAGCGAACGGUACUUCAAGAAUCUGCUGUGAAUCUUUUGUAUUUUUUACCUUAAGAACAAGAACACUUCCUUGUGGAAAGACAGAUUUCUUCUGCAACCACCUGUUUAAUUUUCAUAGUUUGUUUUCCUCUGUUUGGGGAAGACUGAACACUGCUGUCUUGGAGGGUUUUUUUGGCAACACUUGGCAAAAGGAACAAGACAAAGGAAGGGAAACUGUACACUGUACCGUUCAGCAGCUAUGCAGCUUGAAAUCCAAGUAGCACUCAACUUUAUUAUUUCUUACUUGUACAACAAGCUCCCUCGGCGACGUGUGAACAUCUUUGGCGAAGAACUGGAGCGCCAGCUUAAGAAAAAAUAUGAUGGACACUGGUACCCAGACAAGCCAUACAAAGGGUCUGGAUUCAGGUGCAUACAUGUGGGAGAGAAAGUGGACCCAGUUGUGGAACAAGCAGCCAAAGAGAGUGGGUUGGACAUAGAAGACGUCCGUAACAACUUGCCUCAGGAUCUAAGCGUGUGGAUCGAUCCUUUUGAGGUGUCUUAUCAGAUCGGGGAGAGGGGACCGGUCAAGGUGCUCUAUGUGGAUGAUAACAGUGAGAAUGGGUCAGAGUUGGACAAAGAGAUCAAAAACAGCUUUAACCCUGAGGCCCAGGUGUUCAUGCCAAUCAGCGACCCGGUGGGGGCCUCCUCUGAGUCCAGCUCCCCUUCGCCACCAUUUGGCCAGUCCGCUGCGGUCAGCCCCUCCUUCAUGCCGCGCUCCACCCAGCCUUUAACCUUCACCACUGCCACUUUUGCUGCCACCAAGUUUGGCUCGACCAAAAUGAAGAACAGCGGCCGCAGCAGCAGCAAGGUCGCGCGCACGUCCCCCACCAACCUGGGCUUGAAUGUGAAUCUCCUGAAGCAGAAAGCCAUCUCUACGUCAAUGCAUUCUCUCUAUGGGCUUGGUCUGGGCAGCCAGCAGCAGAAGACUUCUGCCCUUUCUCCCAAUGCAAAGGAGUUUGUGUUUCCAAACAUCCAAGGGCAGGGUAACAGCAGUGCAGUGUUCCCAGGCGACAACUCCCUCAGUCUCAGUCCUCUCCAGUACAAUGCCUUUGAUGUGUUUGCGGCCUAUGGUGGCCUCAACGAGAAGUCCCUCAUGGAUGGCUUAAACUUCAGCCUGAGCAACAUGCAGUAUUCUAACCAGCAAUUCCAGCCAGUAAUGGCUAACUAAUAAAUGAAGAUGCAUAUAAACAGCAAAUGGGGGUGGAUAAUGAAUAAAUGACAUGUCAGUUUAGAUCCCUGUUAGUUGUUGAAGUAAAAGCGCAUGUGCCCAAGGGUGGGUUUUUCUUUUGUGCCCCCUUGAGUUUGUUUCAAAAGCUUGUAGUAGAAACAUGUCCAAGCUUGGUUACUUAAAUUGAACAUGCAUUUUUUUUCCUUUUACUUUUUUGCCAACCAAGCACAAGAUUUUUUUUUUUAUACUAUGUUUGAGGGGGCACUAAAGUGUUAAACUCAAGUUAUGGCCUCUUACAGUAUUUAAGUUAGUAAGACAUGGCUGAUUUUUAAAAAUUGGCACUAAUGGGGUUACUUGGUCUUUUUUCUAAUUGUAUAAUUUAAUUUAGUACAGAGUUUGUAAAAUAUCAGAGUAUAUAUUGUUUCUACGACAUGGUAUUGCAUUUAUAUCUUUUUACUACUCCAGUGAUCUGUGAUGGCUGCAGCAGCUUUAUGUUAUUCUUUUUUUAACGGAAAUUGUAAAACAAAUCCAUCUAAAACUAUUCUAAAGAUUGUGUACAGAAUAUUCCUGUUGUGGUGGAAUUACAGUGUAGGAAUAUUUGCUUUUUUUGAAAGAGUUGUAUUUUCUGUUAAGAGUUUAAAGAUUUUGCUAUAUUGAAAAAAUGUAAUCGUAUAUAAUUUUGUACCUACAUUGUGCAAUACUUGAUGAAAAAAAACGGUAUAACAAAGUAUUUUGAGUCAGUGUCUUACAUGUCAAGAGGGACUGAAAUAGUUUAUAUUGUUAAGUUUGUAUUAAAAUGCUACAAAAAUUA